AUGAAUCGGCCAGGGGCAGUGCCACAGACACUCCGCGGAAUGCCUGGUGGCUUCGGUGGUCAACAACAACCUCAACAACCUGGACGAGCAGGUUCAGCUCGAUUACCAAACGGAAAGCUGGGAAACAACAACUCGGGUUGGGCGUUUGGAGGAGGUGUUCCUAUGGCAGGGGCAGGUCCUCAGAACGCAGGACGUCAGCUUGGCGGGAACGUGAGCUUUGCGCAGAGCUUGACCGGGUCGCAGCCUGCCACACCUCUGGACUUGUCAGAAUUUCCAUCAUUAUCCAACAACCCUCAGAUGUCCAACGCCAACGCGCAGUCAAUGUGGUCGACGGCUGGGUCGAGGAACCCCGGUGGCCCUGUACCACGCAACCAGUCUGCCACCCUUGGCUCGCAGCAGGGCGGCCAAGAAGAUCUGUUCAGCCCCUCCUCCCGUGGACCUCCAGUGCAGGGUGGCUUUCGGUUUGGAAACCAAGGGAACCUUAGCCAGUCGUCUCAGGCUCAAACCGGCAGCAUCGACGACUUUCCCCCUCUCAACCGAACAGCAAACGGAGACAUUUCAUCUGAGCGCGCGGCGAAUCUGAUGUCAUCUCUGGGAUUUGGACCUCAAGCUGGUGCCUCUGGUCAUGUGCCAAACAGGGGGAACGGCCUUCUCAACGCGGUUUCGGCUAACAGCCGGGCGAAUGAGGCAAGGUCACCGCCUGGCAUUGGCGCCCCUGGCUCUUCAAGGCCACAGGAUGGCAAGGCCGCUGCUACUGAGGACGAUUCACGGCAGAAACCUACAGGUAUGCGGGAAGAAGGACCUGGCGCAGCCGCAGCUGAGGGAGCAUCUCCUUUAGGAGCUAUCGGCAACGAUGGUUCUGGUAGGAAUCUGAACGACGACCAGGACGCCCAAGCUACAGAGGUUAUUGACCCUCUAGCUGGCAUGUCCGCAGCCGACAGGUGGGGUAUUAAGGGCCUCAGAACGCUUAUGAACAACUAUCCCGACUACCACGCGAUGGUGGUGGGCAUGGAUCCGAUGUCGUUGGGGCUCGACAUGUCGUCUCCAGACCUGUUCUCAACGCAGAACUACUCCCUCUUUGACGACACACCUCCUCGGCCAGCUAUAAAUGCCGGUAAAUUCCGACUGCCCGAUUGCUACAACGUGACCAAUGUCCAACCAAUUGAGAGCAAAAUCCCCAACUUCAAUGAGGAGACCCUAUUCUGGAUCUUCUACAGCUCCCCAGCGGAUUUGAAGCAGCAGAUGGCCGCAGUAGAACUACACUCGCGAAACUGGAGAUGGCACAAGAAAUUGCAGCUCUGGUUGACAAAGGAUGACCACAUGACUCCUCAAACUCUGGGCCCGACCCAUGAGCGAGGCUACUACAUUGUGUGGGAUUCAAGCACCUGGCGCAAGGAGCGGCGGGAAUUCACCCUCCAUUACGGCGACCUUGAUACCAGUCUCAGCCAGGGACCGGCCGUGUCCUAG